AUGGGAAGAAGAAAGAUCGAAAUUAAGGCUAUCAAGGAUGAUAGAAAUCGUUCAGUAACGUUCCUUAAGCGCAAAGGCGGCCUGUUCAAGAAGGCGCAUGAGCUCUCCGUUCUCUGUUCCGUUGAUGUCGCGGUCAUAAUCUUUGGCAAUAAUAAGAAGUUGUACGAAUAUUCGAGUAGUGAUAUUGGAGAGAUCUUGAACAGAUACCAAUACUAUGGAGGUGCGAACGAACAUAAGGGUCCCGGGGACUUCAGUGGGAAGGGAAAGAUGGAGGACGAUGAUGAUGACGAGGAUGGAUCUGGCCCUUCUCACCAUGGAUCAGUCGAGCCGCAAAUGAUGCCUCCUCAAUUCCAGAACCAACCUGCGUACCAACAUAUCCGACAUCAUACACCGUCUGCGUCUCCUCCCAUUCCCAAUGGUGUCUUCCCGCAUCAUCCACAACAAAGACAACAUACCCCUCAGCCGCAACCUGGAUCUCGCCCUUCUUCAAGAAAUGCACCAAGAAGACCAAGCUCCAAUCUUGUUCCUCAGCAACACCCACAUCCACCGCCUUCUAAUGGUUACGCCUACAUGCCAAAUCCAGCUAUCUACAAUCCUCAUAAUGGUCCACCUCUCCCGCCGCACCAACAUGGUCUCCCCCAGCACAUGCAAGGUCCCCCGAUGCAAGGCCCGCCUCAGGGUGUUCCUCAGCAAGGGCCAGGGCCUCAAUACCCAAAUUAUGGACCUCCACAGCAGCAGCAACAUCCUCACCAACAGCAAGUUCAGCAACUUUAUGUUGAAGAACAACGAAGAACCUCAAUUCCACCUGCUUUCCCCCAACAGGAGAGACCACAAUCGCGCCCUGAAUCUUCUCCACCACAGCCUCAACAACAACAGAUUCCUCAACAGCAGCCACAGCAUCAAGAGCAAGAAGAGCCACAACCUCCACAACAGCAGAUGCUUGAGCCUGUAAAACGCAUGUCCGUCAAGUCGCGGAGUAUCUUCACGCCAAUUGACGAGUCUCGGUCUAUCCUCUCGCAGCAUUGGGCUUCGUCGACAUCGAAUGCCGAGCAGCCACGCAGUGAACCAGCACCAACCUCAAAUAAUCGGUCCCAAUCUGUGGAUACACCAGCUGUAAAUCGAGGCAAGACAUCACCGCCUCCAGCCCGCUCCAACACACAUAAAAUCCGUAAUGUCUCUGUCUCUUCAGCCGCAGAUGGUUUCACACCUCCCUCAAGAACAAAUUCAGCAUCAGUCGGUGGCAAGCGUCCGGUCCUGAAGGUACAAAUCCCCGACGAGCCCUCAGACGGCGGCAGCGUAACUGCAGACUCCGAAGCCAGUCCUCGGUCAGGCACCAACGCAACAUCCUCUAACCGGCGUCCUAACGGACGCCAAAAUUCAGACUCUCACUCCUCGGGCAUGGUCCUGCCACCUCCCUCGCCAUCCGCCUCAGCCCUACUCUCAGCAGGCGCAUCAGGCCCACCAAACCCCUUCGCGCGUCCCCAUCCCGUCUCCCAAACGUCACAGACCAACUCAAAUAGCGGGACUAUGAUCGACACGCCCGUCUCCGCUCUGCCUUCCCGCUUCAUGAACAACGAGUUCCUGCCUUCUCCCAGCUCCUUCUACCCAGAUUGGAAUUUCAGAAGCAAUGAUAGCAAUACGCUACCGAGUCCACUGAACUUCGCGACGCCGGUGGUGGGCACGGGACCGAGUUUCCUGAGAGAGGAUAGUGGGGGUCGAGAAGGCAAUGGGCGUGGCGAGAAGAGGAAGACGCCUGAGGGUGAGGGCAGUGAUGGGGAAGGAGGGGAUCAGAAGAGGGCGAAGGUUGAGGGCUAA